AUGUCCUACCCAAAUCACUCCAGUCCCUCGUCCUUCAUCCUGACAGGCAUCCCUGGGCUGGAGGAUGUUCAAUUCUGGAUUGCCUUCCCGUUCUGCACCAUGUACUUCAUGGCAGUGCUGGGGAACAUCACGCUCCUCCUAGUGAUUAGGAUGGACUCAAACCUGCACCUGCCCAUGUUUUACUUCCUCUCCAUGCUGGCUGCCAUUGACUUAGUGCUCACCACUUCCACCAUGCCCAAGCUCCUCAGCAUCUUCUGGUUCCGCUCCCACGAGAUCAACUUUGAGGGCUGUGUUGCCCAGAUGUUCUUCAUCCACAGCUUCUCCAUGGUGGAGUCAGGGGUCCUGCUCACCAUGGCCUUCGACCGAUACGUGGCCAUCUGCAAGCCUCUGCGCUACUCUGCCAUCCUGACUGGCCCCACCAUUGCCAAGCUGGGUUUGGCUGCUGCGGUGCGUGGCAUCACCAUCAUGACCCCUGUGAUGUGCAUGGUGACCAGCCUGUCCUACUGUGGUCCCCACGUCAUUCACCACUCCUACUGUGAGCACAUGUCAGUGGUGAAGCUAGCCUGUGGGGACACCCGGCCCAACAGCAUCUAUGGGAUCACGGCUGCCACUGUCGUGGUGGGCUCAGACUCCAUCCUCAUCACUGUCUCCUACAUGCUGAUCCUGAGGGAAGUCAUAGGCCUCUCCAGAGAGGCUCGUCUGAAGUCCUUCAGCACCUGUGGCUCCCACAUCGGUGUCAUCCUGCUCUUCUACACGCCCGGGCUCUUCUCCUUCUACACUCAGCGCUGGGGCCAGAGCAUCCCCGCGCACCUCCGCAUCCUGAUGGCUGACCUCUACCUCCUGGUGCCUCCCAUGCUCAACCCACUUAUCUACGGGAUGAGGACCAAGCCGAUCUGGGACCGGGUGGUGAGCCUGCUCUGGCAGAAAGCGAUCCAGCCCAGGUCUUGA